CAACCUUGUCCCAUCGUUUAACAGAAACAUUUCUCCUGCUGAAAUUGAAAUGCAACAUCCUCGAGGGAAAAGGUGCGGACGAUCAAAGUAUAUAGCAGCUUGAUGUGCAGUCAAAGUGAUUUAACAAAGAAAGUUUGUAAAAAAAAGUAGCAGUGGAAACACACAGGGGUAACGGGAAACGCAUUGCGCUUAAAAACGAGACUUCUGGAAUUUAGAAAUUAACAAUAAUUUCGACAAAUAGAUCAACGUGAUACAACUUCCAGCGAUUUGCAGGUGUGAGAGAUGGAGUGGCGCGUGCAGUCUGCAGUCAGCUGUGAAUUCGCCUUCCUUGAGGCGCAGAGAUGGAUCGAGAAUGUGACCCAAAAUUGUUUUGGAAGCAAAUGUUUUCGUGUAGCUUUAGAAGACGGGGUCCUGCUGUGCAAUCUUAUCAACACACUUAAACCAGGAAUCAUCAAACGAGUGAAUAGGCUGUCCACUCCUAUUGCAGGCUUGGAUAAUGUGAAUGUGUUUCUCAAAGCUUGUGAGAAAUUAGGGCUCAAUGAAGCUCAGCUUUUUCACCCUGGAGAUUUGCAGGAUGUGUCCACUCGCGUGACUGUCAGGCGUGAAGAGACUAGCAGGAGACUGAAAAACGUUUUGAUCACUAUAUACUGGCUUGGAAAAAGGGCUCAGGCUGACCCAUUGUACACUGGACCACAGCUUAACCUGAAAGCAUUGGAGGCUCUGGAGGAGUCUGUGCACUCCAAGUCGAAUGUGAGGGACAGUGGCUUUGGAGAGGGCUGGUUUUCUGACAGGGAGGAUCUAUUCAGCUGGAAGCAGUCGGGCUACAGGAGGGAGGAUUCAGUCGAGAGCUUGGAUUCGGUGGAGUCUCGCACGCUCAGUGUAGCUUCAAACUGCACCCUCAGAGCUGGCAGUGAAGGCUGCAGCAGUGACGCAGAAGCUGAACAUUGCUUCAGGAUGGCAGAAGGAAGAAAGAGUGACGUUCCCAGAGAACGAGUGCAUGGCCCAUCUGCCCUGAGAAGAAAAAGAGUCGAACAACGUGAAGGGGACAGAGGGUCUACAGGCCCCCUAAUUAGAUUGCCUACAAGACGCUCUUAUUCCUUUGGGAGCAAAUCCAUGGGUGACAUCACGCUGGAGCCCAUACCACAGGAAUCUGACAACUGCUCAAGCUUUGACUCGUUGGGCUCACGGCAUGUUCACCAGAGAUCUGUUGGAGAGCUGACCCUUGAACCCUCAGCUUUACAGAGCGUUCAACAGGGGCAGUUACAGAGUAUCCGGGUCAGAAUGAAGGAAAAUGAAGCCAAGUGGCAUGAAGACCUGAGCAGGUGGAAGAGCCGUCGGAGGAGUGCAAACUCUGACCUCCACCGAAAGCAAGAGGAGAGGGAGCAGAGAGAGCUCAUUACCAUCGGGGGAGUGACCGGUAACAUCAGAACUGCAUUUCUCACCGGGGUACCAGAGGAGAGUUCACACAAGACCAUCAGUAACCACGUGCUCUGCAGUAGCACCUCACUCCAUCCACAAACUUCAGCCAUUGGAGUGAAGAUCCACCCCAUCUCUCAUACUUCAGAUCAGACAUACAUUCCAGUUGCAAUGCCUGGUCCUAUGAGUGAUACUGGGUCUGCUGUCAGUAGCUCAGUGUUAUCAGGGUGGUCCGCCACUUCUGGGGGAACUGGUGUAGAGGCAUCUGACUCAACAACCCAAACGUCCGCCAGACCGUUCUUCAGCCCACCAGCAGCUGUUGUUCCUGAACAGAUCUCCCUUACAGAUUUUGCGGUCUCUGAACCCUACCAGCAGCAGCAUGGUAUGGAUUUUAGCCGCCGGGCAAGCCUUCUAGAGAGCUUUUACGCUGGGGGAACACGGAUGUCUGCCACUCUUCCUAGAGGUUUCAGGAGGUCAGAAGGUUGUACAAGCCUUACCUUGGGUGUCACACCUCGUCCAUUUGGAGCCAAGCCCUCCAAAGUGCCCUCACUGCAUAGAGUAUACACUCUGGAUGACUCUCAUAAAGGUCUGAUUAAUGGGCAGAGAGAUCACAUCCCCUCCUCCCUCAGCAGCCAUGAAAAGGUCAAGACCUCCGCUGACACGGGCUACUCUCGUUCAAGCACUCAUCCAAUCAGCGAGACGAGAGAUGGAAGAUCUUCAGCACCUCCCAUUCAGUCAUUUUUCACUAAAGUGACCAUGGCACCGUCUAUUAAACAGCCAUCCUCCCCUGCUGUCAUCUCAGAAAUCGGUACAGUUAAGGUGGGUCAAAGUGAAAUGCGAGUCUGCCUGAAUCAGAAACCAAACAGUGGGCGAGACUUCGGAUUCAAGGCUCACUGGGACUCAACUGGUGCCCGUGUCAAUUUUGUCCAAGCAGGAAGCCCAGCGGAGUUGUGUUGUCUGCAGAUGGGUGAUGAGAUUUUGAAACUUGGUGGCUGCAGGGUGUCUGAAAUGAACUAUGAACAGUUUAAGGGCAGUAUGGACAAAGCACAGCAAAAUGGCGCUUUACUGAUGGACAUCAGACGUCAUGGUCAGAAUGACUGGGGCAGUGGCCCUCCUUCCCUCCCGUACAAGAGCCAUAAGACCAUCAAUUUGACCAGUUCCAAUUCAACACUUGUAGGGCAGCCCGAGCACAUUGUCUCUCUAACCAGUUCAAACUCACCUGUAGAGACUGCAGGAAAGAUGCAGGUCAAUGGACAGCAUGCUAAUGGACUUCUAUCUAAAAUGGUGAAUGGAAGUCUUCAGAAUACGUCUGUUUCUGCACAAAACAAAGGAGGCUCCGAGUCUGCCAUAUCUGAUCUGCAGGUUCCAUCCAUCAGUGCCGCCUCAUCUCGCUGGUCAUGGGAUCAUGAGGAGGAGAGGAGGAGGCAGGAAAAAUGGCAGAUGGAGCAAGAGCGCCUCCUGCAGGAGAAGUACAGACGAGAUCAGGAGAAGUUGGAGGAAGAGUGGAGAAAAGCUCAGCAGGAGGUCUAUGGAGAGGAUCUUGGUGCUCCUGAGGAGCAAAAAUGCCCUGAUGUGCUGUCCAAUAGAAAUGCCACGCCUUAUGCUCCACUUCCCCUCUUCAACAAAUCCAGUGCUUCCACUUCAGUCACAUCCAAUCAUAAUGAAGACAAAGUGGAGAUGGCACAAAACAGACUGGGCAAUGUGCAAAUAGCAGCAGCACAUAACUCACAGAAGGCAGAGGUGGAAUGUGAUUCAACCUCAAAGAGUCAUGGGUCAGAGGAGUCCUAUUGGUUUGCCAAACUUGCGGUUUCAGACAGGACCAAGUCUAAAUCAACCCCCAUUCUCGAUGACUUUCACAAACAUGAUGCAAAAGGGGGCAGUAAAAUGAAGGGCCACGUGUCACAAGUAGAACAGGAACGUCUGCAGAUCUUGGAGGAGAUGAGGAAGAGGACUCAGUUGCUCACAGAUUGCAGUUGGAUACGCCAGCGCAGUACCAAUGUUAACAAAGAGCCCGUCAGCGUGGGAACAUCAGUCAGCAGAUAUGAGUCUCUGGAAAACCUCCACACAAGCCUCAACUCAACCCAGAAGCCCUACAUUUCGAGCAGACCUCACUCUGCAUUGGGCAACACUGGAAUUUAUAGGAGUGGACGUAGCAGCCUGGGACCUGGUUCAGCUAUCUUCUCCACUGGGUUUAAACAGAGCUCCUGGUCUGUAUCCAGCUCUUCUUUCCCAACUGAGCCCAACCCAAACUCACACCAACAUGGCAGGCUGGUCAGUGGCAGGCGGAUGUGCUCGAGGUGCGAGCAGCCUCUGGGAAAGGGAGCCGCCAUGGUCAUCGACUCCCUGGAGCUCUGCUUUCACAUUGGUUGCUUCAAGUGUGUCAGCUGUAGGACUAACCUUGGGACGGGUCCAGAGUCCGGAGCUCAGGUCAGAGUCAGACACGGACAGCUCUACUGUCACAGCUGCUACAGCAGACUUCGAGUCCGCUCCACCAUCUCCAAGUGACCAGAAUGCAUUGAAGUAGAUCGAAGAGGAAUGUACCUCCGAAAAUGCCUCGGGAAUCAUAACUAUGAGCACAACUUCAUGCACUGCUUGUCUUUCAGUAAGACUUAGACAAUCAAUACGUUUUCCACCUCACAUUCCUUUCAAUGUUCUCACAGUGUGUCUGCUCCUUAGUGAGAAGUUAGAACAUGUAUUGAUAAGUGAUUCUGAACAGCUGUGCAUUCCGUGUUGCACUACUGACAAGUAAUCGCGUGUCUGGAUGUGUCUGAAGAUUCCUAAGGUUUUGCAUGUUCUUUUUUGACGUCAUUCCUUGCUAAGAACUCUUUCAGGUUUGGCAUAAAUUAUAUUAUUUCAUUUCUUUAAAGAUUUAUCAUAUUUAAUAAAUGUUCAAGCACAUUUUA